AUGGACUGGAUGAAACAGAGUUAACUUGUUAAAACAAUAAAAAAAAUACCACCACAAACAUAAAACGAUAUUGAAAAGAAGUUUAUAAAUACUGCACAGUAAAUUGCAGACAGUGUCCUGACUUCAGUACUUUAUGGAAGUAUUGGUUUAAUGUUGUUACAUUUGAUCCAAUUGAUAGCUCAAGUCAUCUUUAAUAAAUAUUUGGAAUUAGUAAAUAAGAUGACUACCCUGCAUUCAAUGAUAGAUUUGAUUUUCUUGGUUAUGAUAACUCUAAUUUCAUUUAUUUGA